AUGAAAUUCUUCUCAGUUAUCAUAUACACUUUAAAAGUGAAUUUAUUGCAGGUGUUGGUAAACAACUGUCGAUCGCAUUCGAUUUCGUUACAGUUUAUUGAUAGUUCUAUAUUUGAAGCUAGUGCUUCGAGUACACAUCCAGAUGAAUAUGCCGAUAAUGCAUUCGUGGUCAAUAUUACCGAUAUACCGAUUAUGUGA